CCAAGAUGCUGCUCACUGGACUCAACCAUUCUUUCGACUCUACUUGAGGUUGGCGAUGGAUCGAAAUAUCUCCAGCUCGUUGGUUUGCAAAUUAUGCCUGGAUGCUUACACGCUACCUGAGUUGGAUAACCAGGGGAACCUUCCCCACAUGUUGCUGUGCGGGCACGUGUUCUGCAGCGGCUGUCUGCUGUCCCUGGAGGACGACAAGGCCGUCCUCUGCCCGGACUGCGCGGUGGAGUCUAGCCUUCCAGAGGGUGGUGUCUAUGGCCUGGAGGUAGAAAGUCGGAUCAUCGGCCUCGUCUACACGGUCCGGAUGAAAAAGAUAAAGAGUGAAAGGACGGUCUUGGGCAGUGGAAGCAACAGAGCAGCAAGGCAUUGCUGGAAUUCCCAACAUCCCACACAGCGACCAAACGUCUCAACAGACGACGGCAAAACUGCAGAAGACACUGUCUCGACAAAUAAUGUCAUGCAAGCUGACACUGGCAAAGCGACUGACACCGUACCAACCGGCAGUGCUACUCCAACAAGCUACGACGGACAGGACUCUGGCAAGGCAAAGGGCGACGCAACAAAGAAGUGCAAACAACAUGGCAAAGGCAAAGACAUGGACGAUGUGAGAGAUGGCGAAGCCUUAAAGGAGAAAGGCCAUGUGGCGCAUCCAGAUCAGUGCGUUGAACCUCCUGCAGAUGGGAACAAGGUAGAGAAGCUGGUGGAUGAAGCUUUGACCAAAGCUGCAGAGAACCUGGCCCACCUGGAGCAGAUUCAACAGAUACUGUUGUUAGGACAGUCCCUCCAGGCAAAGAGAGAGGAGGAGAGGAUGCGCACGGAGGUCAAUGAAUCUGUGUUCCAAGCUAACCAGCUCCUCUUAGAGAGGCAGGAGGUGCUGCUGAGGGAGUUGAAGGCGAUGGAGGUUCACUUCCCCAGCACUGAGGUGCAGUUGGAACGGGUCCAGAAGAGGAUUGAGGCAGUGGAAAAUGCCGUGAGGAAGGCUCGCCAGGUCCGGCUCCACCCUUCCCUCGAGCUCUACUGUGACCUACACAUGGUAUUGGAAACCCUGCAGGCACCUGUGAUCAGGGAGAGUUAUGAUCUGAGCUGCGUCACCUUGGGAUCCGGAGUCAGCUGUGUGCUCCAGACUGACAGUCUGUCUGACUGUCUCAACGUGUGUCUCAUACUCAGAACUGGAUCCCCCAAACCAUUAACCGAAACCAGCCUGCCGGAGCAGCUAGCUACCGGACCCCUGCCAACGAGUGGUAGGUUGACUCUCCCAAAGGCUGAGGCGCUGCGGUGGACACCCCCUGCAGUAAAGGAGGUGGAGGGGGAAAAAAAUGAAAUAGUUUCUCCAAAGAAAGAGAUGGCGGGUUCACCUCACAGAGAGAAGGAGCAGCACGCUGCACCUCCUCCGGUGAUGGUAAGGAGCGACAGAGAGGACCAGGCUAGCGAUGCGGUGAGUGGCAGCAGGUCAGAGCCGACAACCUGCCUCAAGCCCAAGGUGAGAGCUCUGACCACAGUCGAACCUCCUGCUGCUCCCCGGCCCCUCACCCCCGACGUCGUCAUAGAGGCCUUCAUCGAAGAGGAGGAGGAAGAGCAGCGCUGUGAGGCUUCGCCGCCCACCGGCCCUGAACUGGCCAAUAACAAGUGGAGGACCCAGAAGAAGAAGACUCGAUUGGCAAUUGCGCCGCUUAAACAAGGGCCUGUCUCCAAUGCCUCCGUAUAUCCGUGGGUGGAGUUGAUCUAUGUGUUGAAUCCGAACCACUUCUACGUGCGCUAUGUGGCGGAGCUGAGAGAGGCGGCCAUGUUGUCUCAGAAGAUCAACCAGCUGAUCUCCAGACUCUCCAGCUUCUUCCGCUCGGGAGACACGCUGGAGACGGGCUCCCAGGUGCUGGUCAAUGAUAAAGUCCAUCGUUGGUGUCGAGGGACGGUCGUCCGUCUCUCCAAGAUAGGAAUGGAUGAUGUCACUUCGUGCCCCGCCCACCUGCUGACCAGCGCAAGCCUGUUCUUACUGGACCACGGCGUUACAAGUACCGUCAACCUGAACAUUGAGCUAGGGGAGGGAAUGGGCAAGAUGUCUGUGGUGAAGGAGCACCUAAGGAAGAUGGAUGACGACAUGAAGAUGGAGCUGAGUGGCUGGACUCCCCUUGCCAUCAGGUGUUCCUUGAAAGACCUGGUGCCUGCUGAUCUGCAGAGCGGUUGGGCUAAUGACGCCCAAGAGGCGUUGCUUCAGGCGGUGGGCUCUGCGGUGGUGCAACUGCAGCUGUUCUCAAGGGAGGGAGACUACCUGCUGGUGGACCUCCGGAAGCCCGCCAUGGACUCCGCCAGCCCCUGUCCUUUGUCCGUCCGAGACUUUCUGGUGUUUAUGAAAGUGGCCAGUUUCUACUCUCCGUCGACCAACCGCAGCGCCCUUCUGUUCUACCCCCCCAUCCAGCCCGGGAUCCCAUCAGACCACAGCGCCUUGGUCACACAUAUCAACACACCCCAAGACUUCUACAUACAGCUGGUGGGCAACAUGGAGUUCCAGCUCCUCAGCUCUAAGCUGCAGACGUGCUACGGCUCCUUGUCGUUGGAAGGGAGUGACUGGGGCCUGCAGCUCUACUGCCCCACUUUGAUGCAGCCCUGCGUUGCCCGUUUCCGCGACAACCUCUGGUACAGGGCCCGCAUCACAGGCAUGCUGGGUGAUAGGAGUGUGGAGGUUCAGUAUGUCGACAUUGGUAAUGAAGGGGUUGUCUCCGUCAGCGACCUGAGGAAGAUCAAGGAUGAGUUCUUCUCCCUCCCUGCUAUGGCAAUCCAGUGUAGUCUGGCUGAUGUGAUUCCUGCUGAUGGGGUCACCUGGAGCCAGGCAUGUUCCGACAGGCUCUCCUCCCUUGUCCUCAACAAGCCGGUCACCAUCCUGGCCAUAGGUGAGAUGCUGUCCAAGCAGCAGCUGGAGGUCCGACUGCUGGAGGGGGGUAUCGGGGGCCCUGAGGUGGACGUGGCGGCGCUGCUGGUCUCUGAACACCUGGCCUGCUUCAGGGACGGAUAUCCAAGCCCCCAGAUCAACAGCGAGAUCGCCAUGUGGAACCCGCCAAUCGACGAAGAGCAGGUGUCCCUAGAGCCACGCCCCCAGCCUCCUGUCAGUCAGGACUCAGAACCCUGCCCCCAGCUACAGCUGCCCACCGUCCUGACGAACAUCGAGGUGGCGGUCACCCACUUCACCUCGCCCGGCAGCUUCUUCGUCCAGCUGGCCCAGAACGAGGCGUUGUUCGAACGGCUGUCUGAGCGUGUCCAGCAGUUCGCAGAGGCCUCUGAUUUCAUCGACAUGGUGUGGAAGGAGAACAUGUUCUGCGCUGCACUCGUCAAUGGAGUCUGGGAGCGAGCUCAGAUCCUCACCGACGUCUCCUCCGAUAACAUCGCUGAGGUGCAGCGCUGUGACUUUGGCAGCAGGGUGAAGCUGCCUGUGAGCAGCCUGCGACCACUGAAGCCCGCCCUGCAGGGCUCCCUGGCCCUGGAGUGUAAACUGGCCGACAUAAGGCCAGCAGGGGGUCCUAACUGGACGGCCACAGCAUGCAACUUGUUUUCCUGCCACCUGGACAAAGCCCUGUUAAUGAUGACCAUCAAAGAGGUGACGGAGGAGAGGCCAUUGUCUGUCGUUCUGUCGUCCCUCAAAGUCGGAAAAAAAGGGAACCUUGCUCACCUUCUGGCAAGCCAGGGUGUUGCGCUCAAGGAGAGGAAACCCAGUGAGGCUUCAAAGGCCCAGGCAGCAGCUGAAAAUCAGGGAGGGGGCGACACACAAAACAAGCGCCCCACAACUGCUCCGCAGCCAACAUCUAUUGCACUUCCAAGCCUCACCCCUCGCUUCUCAUCCCAUGCAGACUCCGAUCUGAAGCCGGCUCCCCGCACCUAUCAGUCCGCUGAGAAGGUGAGGACCGAGCUGUACAAGGCUCCAGACCUGCCAGGACCGGGUCACAGCAGGAUGAGAGUCUCUGCUGUCGGGGAGGACUGCCUCAUCUACCUCCAGACAAUACACGCAGAGAGCCAGCUGGAGGUGCUGAGGACUAGGAUCGAGGGCAGGAUGAAGGUGGUCCCCCAGAAGAAGCCCUACACCUGGAAGUCUGUGCUGGGCUGUGCCCUGAUGGGCAUUGACAUGCUCUGGUACCGAGGACAGGUCCUGGAGGUGCUCAGAGAGAUGGUCAAGGUGCGCUACGUGGACUAUGGCUUAGUGGAGAAUGUCCCUGUGGUGCACGUGUACCCUAUGCUGCUCUGUGAGGAGGUUCCUCAGCUGUGCAUGCCCUGCCAUCUCAACGCCGUCAUCCCAGUGGGGAGGGCAUGGGAGAAGGAUGCGGUGGGUCUCCUCAAAGAGCUACUGAUCAAUCGAACCGUGGACGUGCAGGUCUUGGAGGUGCCAGGAGACCCUCGCAGAGUCCUGACGGUAGAGAUCUUUCUGGACGGACUGCCGCUGAGCAAGAUCCUCUGUCACCAUCACCAUGCCAACAUGGACAUGAAGCUCCUCAGCCAGCAGGUCGCGACCGCAACACCAUGCCUGCCCAACCUGGACCAUUGGGAACUCUCUCUGCAGGGACUCUGCAUCCCUGAGAAGCCCCCGCUGGGGCCCUUCACCUACUCCUCCCUGCCACCCGAGGGUUCUCAAUUUAGGGUUACGGUCAAACACAUCUGCACCCCGAACGAGAUGUUCAUAUGGGUGAUGGAGAGCGGCAGGGAUUCGGAUGUGAACGGCCUGGACGAGAUGCUGUCCAGUGUCACCGCCGAUGUGGCCCAGCUGCCUCGCCUGUCCUCCUUCCCUCUGGGAGGGGCUUGUCUGGCUGAGUAUGGAGACGGGAUGUACUACCGGGCCAGGCUGAUGGAGUUCUCCAGCCUGGACCCGGUCAGGAUCAUGGUACAACACGUUGACUACGGUUCAGACGACAUCCUGCCCACCAACAAGCUGAGGGCAAUGCCGGAAGAGCUCCUGAGGUUCCCCGCCAGGGCUGUGAAGGUCAAGGCUGCAGGGUUUAGGCCACCCAAGGUUCGCCCUGACAUCCCCGCUCUGCCCUACGCACCCCAGUGGACCAUAGAGGCUCUGGAUCAGAUGCUGAAGCCUCUGCAUGGCAAGCUCACCGCCACGGUUCUGACUCUGGAGCCAGAGCCAACGCUCCUCCUGUAUAACGAGAGGGGGGAGCUGGUGCACCUGCCGUUAGUGGCCAGCGGGCUGGCUGACGCAGAUGGCGUCACCCCUGGUCCUCCCUCCCUGGUCACCCCUGGUCCUCCCGCUGCUACCCCCAGAACCCUGGUUAUGGCCCCCAGCUUCUGUAAGAUCAUAGACUGAAUGGGGGCCAUUAUUCAAUCUUUCUGCCGCUGGUUCUGCUGAUGUUGAAUUCUGUUGUUUUUUUUUGUUGCCGUUUUAACAAUGUUCAUUUUCUUCGAAAAAGCAGUUAUUGUUUGAUGCCUUUUAUAUUAAAGUGCUCAGAUUUAAUUUAC